GCUUAUCACAAUAAAUAUUGCAAUACGAGAGAAUGGAAGGAAUAUGAAAGUGCGUAGAACUCUUUCUUCACUAGACGUACGUUCAUUAUUAUAACUGCUUAAAAAAUAAAAUUAGGGAUAUCCGAUAUUAAUCCAUCCUACCUUCCUCAAUCCUGAGGGUGACAGAAAACACGAGUUCGGUGGACUGACUUGGACUCAGUAAUUCUGAAGAUUAACCAUUGGAUUGUUGAUUAAUUCCGCAGUUAACUAAUCCUUUUAGGAUCAGGAUUGAGUUGGACACAUGAUGGAGUGAAAGUAGAUGAUUUCCUUUCCAUGUUUUACCAUUUGUUUGCAACAAUAUGGGUUCAAUUAGUUUCCUUAACCCGGUAUUAUGAUUUAUUUACUUAGUACACAAAUCAGGAAUGAAUCAGAAACAGAAAGAGAAGUAAUUGUUGAGCCGGAGACGGUGAAUUUUAAUCACAACAUGGUUGUUUCUUAAUUAUUAGCAUAAUUAAAUUGGUACCCAUUUUUGCCAUGUUUGGUUCAGAAAACCUUACUCUGUACAUUGUAUCCUGACAUUCUUUCAGAAAAUUUACCAUAGUGAAAAUGUUCCAUAUUUGAUUAAUAUUAUUCCUUACAUAUCCUGAGGCCUCCUCUUCCCAUCAUAAAUUGAGAUUCACAUGCUACAGAAACGCAUAAAGAAAGAGAAGGAAAAGAAAGAAGAAAAAAAAAGCAGACAACAACAACAACAAUGGAGUUGGUUUACUAUUGUUUCAUGGUUUUGUGUUUGUUCCAGAUUCCUUAUCCUGUCCUAGGAAUCCAAAGGAACUACAUCGUCUACUUGGGAUCUCAUUCACAUGAUGGCAGUGGCACGACUACUGCUCAAUCCUCUCAUCCUGAUGAUUCUCAUAGAGUUCAGGCUAUCACAGAAUCUCACCACAAUCUUCUUGGAUCCUUCCUAGGAAAUGAGAAAGCGAGAGAGGCAAUUGGAUACUCAUACACGUGGAACAUCAAUGGCUUCACUGCCAAGCUUGAUGAGGCAGAAGCUGCUGAAAUUGCCAAACACCCAGAUGUGGUAUCAGUUUUCCUGGAUCGAGGAAGGAAGCUGCACACGACAAGAUCAUGGGACUACUUGUCAUUGGAGAAGAAUGGUGCAGGGCACCCUGGACCGUUGUGGAAGGCAGCCAAAUUUGGUGAAGGCACAAUCAUAGCCACUUUGGAUACUGGGGUCUGGCCUGAAUCCAAGAGCUUUGAUGAUGAAGGAUAUGGUCCUGUCCCAUCCAAAUGGAAAGGGAUAUGCCAGAACAACACCAAGGCUGGAGUCCCUUGUAACAGGAAGUUAAUUGGUGCAAGGUUCUUCAGCAAAGGCUACAUUCAAGCUGGUGGGAAUCCAACCAACGAGUCCUUCCUCUCAGCUCGUGACUCUCAAGGCCAUGGGACGCACACCUUGUCCACCGCGGGGGGAAAUUUCGUCCCUCGGGCCAAGAUCCUCGGCGCAGUGAAGGGAACAGCAAAAGGUGGUGCGCCUAGAGCCAGAGUGGCGGCCUACAAGGUCUGCUGGCCGCCGAUCAACGAGAGCGAGUGCUUUGAUUCUGACAUCUUGGCUGCAUUCGAUGCGGCUAUCCACGACGGUGUCGACGUGAUCUCUGUCUCUCUUGGUGGGGGUGCAUACGAGUACUUCGAGGAUGCCAUAGCCAUUGGCUCGUUCCAUGCUGUCAAGAAGGGUGUUCUUGUUUCUUGCUCUGCAGGUAACUCUGGCCCUUUGCUUGGAACGGUGUCGAACCUCGCACCUUGGAUCACUACUGUUGCGGCAAGUACCUUGGAUAGGAAGUUUGAAUCCUCUGUUCAGCUUGACAAUGGCCUGACACUCAAGGGAGAAAGUCUCUCAGGUUCUCUGCCAAAAAACAAGACAUACCCACUUCUUUCUGCGGCUCAAGCUAAAGCUGCCCACGCAACUGUUAAAGACGCCCUUUUGUGCAAACCUAAGACAUUGGAUCCUAAGAAGGCAAAAGGAAAGAUCUUAGCUUGCUUGAGGGGAGACAAUGGAAGGGUAGAGAAGGGUAAAAUAGCUGCCAUGGCAGGUGCUGCUGGGAUGAUCCUUUGUAAUGAUAAGAUUAAUGGUGAUGCUGAUCUCACUGCUGAUCCUCAUUUUUUGCCUGCCACUCAAAUUGGCUACAAAGAUGGUGUUGCAGUUUUCCAUUACAUCAAUUCUACCAAACAUCCUAAGGCAUACAUCACUCCCUCAACUUCAGCGGUGAACAUAAAGCCUGCUCCAGUCAUGGCAGAUUUCUCCUCCAAGGGACCUAAUACCAUCACACCUUACAUCCUCAAGCCCGAUAUCACUGCUCCUGGAGUGAACAUCAUCGCAGCCUACACAGAAGCCAAGCCCAAAAACCAAAACGAAGAUCCUCGCAAGUUCCCUUACAAUAUCCUCUCUGGCACAUCCAUGUCGUGUCCUCAUGUAUCGGGAGUCUUCGGCCUUCUUAAGGCAGUCCACCCUCAUUGGAGCCCCUCCGCCAUUCGAUCUGCUAUCAUGACCACUGCUAGAACAAGGGAUAAUGCUCGUAAUCCGAUCCUCGAUUCCACCCUAGAGAAGGCCACACCAUUUAGUUACGGGUCAGGACACAUCAGGCCGAACCGUGCAAUGGACCCUGGCCUAGUCUAUGACUUGACCAUCAGUGACUACUUGGACUUCCUAUGUGCUAUAGGGUACAACAAGACUGUCUUGAAGCUCUUCUCUCCUCACAAGUGCCCCAAACACCCAAGGAUCAUGGACCUGAACUACCCUUCGAUCGCGGUCCCUGAGCUCAAGGAUGGCUCAUCGAUAACUGUGACUAGGAAGGUGAAAAAUGUUGGGGAAUCACCAGGCAGGUAUGCUGUCAGGAUCAAGGAACCAAAGGGUGUUUCCAUUUCGGUGAAGCCUAAUGUCCUGAAGUUCAACAAGGUCGGGGAAGAGAAGACGUUUAAGGUGACACUGAAGGCUAAGUGGAACGGUGCAGCUGAUGAUUAUGUGUUCGGAGGGAUUACAUGGACUGAUGGGAUCCACUAUGUUAGGAGUCCCAUUGCAGUGUAUGCUGUUUCUGCUUAGUGUUUGACAGUUGUAAGUGUGAAACUUAUUUAUUAGCUAUGUAGUAUGUGUGAAGUUGCAGUUUCUACAGAGUCCUAAAUCUUGAUAUCAUCAUUUGACAAUCCAUUUUGUAUCAAUGGAUUGAGAAUGAUCAUGCAAGAUUACAGAUUUAUACUUUUUCGUAGCGAUUCUCACUUUUGAUUUCCAAUAUCUUAUGAUGUACCUUGAACAUUGAGAGGCGAAGCUAUGUUAAUGCUCGAGGUUUCAGAGGCAGAUUAGAGAGCUCCAAGAAGUAAAGAGAAAAAUGGAACCGUCAUUAGAGAUAUUAUGCGAGCCCCAGUUGAAACACUCACAUGUUGCCCUACUAAAAUUUUUUUGGCAUAUAUAUUUGCCUCUGUCGUUCGGAGUUUUUCUAGUGUCAUUCGAAUUUGAAAUUAGAGUAAGUUUUCUCUUUUUUUGGGUGAAAGAGUAAGUUUUCUCUUCGAUGUUAAAAUUGUAGGUGUUGCUAAAUAUUAAACAAAUAUAGAAUAGAAAGAUUA